AUGGCUUCAUACUAUAUCACGAAUCCCCACGUCGGCAACAAAGAGUCUUCGGAAGAUUGGCGGAUCAGUGGUUACAACCCACUUACGCCACCGGACCUCCUCCAACACGAAAUCCCGCAGACUCCCCAGUCGAAAGCGACGGUGCUAGCCGGCCGACAUGACUGCGUCGCUGUCGUGCAAGACACGGACCCGCUGCGGCGGCUUCUCGUCAUCGUGGGACCGUGCUCAAUCCACGAUCCGGUCUCCGCGCUCGAAUACUGCGACCGACUCCUCAAGAUGAAGGCGAAAUACCAAGACGAGCUGGUUAUCGUGAUGAGGUCGUACCUCGAGAAGCCGCGCACCACGGUCGGGUGGAAAGGGCUGAUCAACGACCCGGAAAUCGACGGGUCGUUCUUGAUCAACAAAGGCUUGAGGCUCAGUCGGCAGCUGUUCGUGGAUCUGACGUCCAAGGGCAUGCCUCUGGCCAGUGAGAUGCUCGAUACAAUCAGUCCGCAGUUCCUGGCUGAUUUGCUGAGCAUCGGGGCCGUGGGCGCCCGGACGACCGAGAGUCAAUUACACCGCGAGCUGGCCAGCGGCCUGUCCUUCCCCGUGGGGUUCAAGAACGGCACAGACGGCACGCUGGGCGUGGCGAUCGACGCCAUCGGCGCGGUGAGACACCCGCAUCACUUCCUGUCCGUGACGAAGCCGGGCGUCGUGGCCAUUGUCGGCACCGUCGGCAAUGAGGACUGUUUCGUCAUCUUGCGCGGAGGGACCACGGGGACAAACUACGACGCCGAGUCGAUCAAGAAGGCCAAGGAGGCCUUGCGGAAGAAGGGCCUCCGUGAGCGGGUCAUGGUCGAUUGCAGCCACGGGAACAGCGAGAAGCAGCAUAAGAACCAACCGCUCGUCGCGAAGGUCCUGGCCGAGCAGAUCGCGAACGGGGAGGAGGGCAUCAUGGGUGUCAUGGUGGAAAGUCACAUCAACGAAGGCAAUCAGAAGGUCCCGCCCGAAGGAAAGUCCGGCUUGAAGUACGGCGUGUCCAUCACCGACGCGUGCAUAGGCUGGGAAGACACAGAAGUCGUCCUGGAAGUGCUCGCCAAUGCCGUCAAGAAGAGGAGAGAAAAGCUGGGCGACAAGGCCGUCAACGGGACGACGAAUGGAGAGAACGGCCACGCAUGA